AUUUUUUUUCUUUCAUUAGAUAACUAAUUUUGUUCCAAAAAAUAUUUAUUGUAACGUCAAAAUAAACCGAAAAGCCCAUAUCCAAACACCGCCAUCAUUGUCUUUCUCUCUUUCGUAGGUGUUUCUCUUUCAAAUUUUACUCCUACUUUUACCAGACUACUGGCCGUAGACUAGACUCUAGAGUGUCUCCUCCACUAGUUUGAGCUCCGGCGUAUUCCAUCACCACCGAUGCCUCCGCUUCCUUAAGGAAUACUGCGAUAUUUUCAACAUAUUCGCUUUGAAGAACCAUUCAUCCACCUUCUAAAUAACCGAAACUUCAUUCGUUCCCUUCAAGAUGGCGAAAUUUCUGUUGAUUGUAUUCGUUGUACUCUGCUUCCUUUCAAGUUUUAUCACAGUCAACACUCAGAGAACACGAAGGUCCUCUAAUGGUAGAACUAGAAAACAGCUACGAUUUGAUAAAAAGAAGGGCGAGUUUAAGGUUCUACAGGUGGCUGACAUGCACUAUGCCGAUGGCAGAAAGACUCCAUGUGAAGAUGUCUUGCCCAACCAGCUUUUCCAUUGCUCUGAUCUCAACACCAGUGUCUUCAUCAACCGAAUGAUCAAAGCUGAAAAACCCGACCUCAUUGUUUUCACAGGGGACAACAUCUACGGAUUUGAUGCAACAGAUGCAGCAUCCUCCAUGAACGCAGCCUUUGCCCCUGCAAUCUCAUCAAACAUCCCAUGGGCUGCAGUUUUAGGCAACCACGAUCAAGAAUCAACCUUAUCAAGAGCAGGUGUCAUGAAACAUAUUGUUACAAUGAAGAACACAUUAUCUCAAUUCAAUCCUGAAGGUAUUCAAGUCAUAGAUGGUUUUGGGAAUUACAAUCUUGAAGUCCAUGGAGCUGAAGGAACAAGUUCAAUGAACAAAUCGAUUCUCAACUUAUACUUUCUUGAUAGUGGCGAUUACUCCACAGUAUCUUCAAUCCCUGGAUACGGAUGGAUCAAACCAUCUCAACAGGUUUGGUUUCAAGAAACAUCUAGAAAGCUUCAAAAGACAUCAAAAGCACCUGGACUUGCGUAUUUUCACAUCCCAUUACCAGAGUAUGCACGGUUUGACAAGUCAAACUUUACGGGUGUGAGACAAGAAGGGAUAAGUUCUGCUUCUGUGAACUCAGGGUUCUUUACAACUUUAGUUGAGACAGGUGAUGUGAAGGGUGUUUUCACUGGACAUGAUCAUUUGAAUGAUUUUUGUGGGAAGUUGAGUGGGAUUCAUCUUUGUUAUGGUGGAGGGUUUGGGUAUCAUGCAUAUGGGAAGGCAGGGUGGUCAAGAAGGGCGAGGGUGGUGGUGGUUUCUUUAGGGAAGGAUGAAACUGUGAAGAGUAUUAGAACAUGGAAGAGGCUUGAUGAUGAAAAGUUGACUGCCAUUGAUGAACAGGUUCUUUGGAGGCGGAGUUCAUCUGGGAGUCGUAGGAAGAAGCCACCUGUUGUUAACCGUGGUUGAAUGAUCCUUGAAAAUUUUAGACAAGAUCUUGGAUCUUGUUGUAAUUUACACUGUUAUAAUGUGAUCUUUUUUGUUAGCAAUUGAGAAGUGAAAGAGGUAAGUGGUUUGUACUUUGUAGUAGGCUCUUAUAUUUAGUAAUGCUAGAAAUGAAGAAGUCUACUUAUUGUUAUUUUUUAUGCAUUUUGUUGUGUUCCAAGUUCCAACUAUGUUUUAUAUUGGGCAAGACAUAAUAUGGCAUGACAAGUUUGCAAUGCGAUUGGCAUAUGCUGAGAGUUUUAAAGGGAGAAACAAAUUAUGUUCCACCAAAAAAGAGACGUGCUCAACCACAAUGGAGAGAAAAUAAAGAGUUGUGUGAUUAAAGAAAAAAUACUACAACCAAGAAAGUUGUGUGAAUGGAGGGAAUCAGAGUAAAAUGGUAAAAACUAUGUGGAAAAGCAACAACCUUCAAGUACCACAACUAUCUUCAUUUCCUACCAUUCUCAAACCAUCAUUAUUAAUCUUAUUUCAUUCGAACCUCAACACUCAUCGGACCUCUCUCAAUUUUAUCUUUGCAAAAUGUCUUCUUCAAAUGAUCAACCCAAUUCCACUAAUAAAGGGAAGACCUUGAUUGUACCUUGGAGCCCGAUAGAAGAGGGGGCUUUAGUCGUGCAUUGGUUAAUGUAUCGGAGGACCCGAGGGUCGACAUCAACGAAAAUGUUUCAACUUUUUGGACAAAAGUCAUCGAACGUUUCCUCAACGGAAUGAACUGUGGUUACUACAUAAAGAAAUAUCAAAUCUACAUAAAUUGAAG